CGGCCACAUCAGGUGCCAGACUGUUAGACAACAACUGCUUCAAAACCCACAUCUUUUUGAGUUUAGGAGGGCAACCUCUGGUUUCCUGCUGUUUUUCAACAUAUUGUGAAAAUUUCAGUUCACCUAAAUUUUGCACCUUUGGUGAUGACACGUUGAGGAAUUUUCCAGCAUAAGGCAUCAAGUUGUUGUAGGUGUAACAAUCGCUGUGGAACAAAGGAAAACAUUACGACUUUUGUGCAUGUGGGACCUUCGAAUCGCUCCACUGUACACAGCAUCAAGUACGAUGCACUGAUUGACCUUGGCCCUUCGACGAACAACCGGUCCUGUUUCUUAUAAAAAGACACAAAACUAUUAAACACCAUUACAGUCAAGAUGGAAGCUUUGCCUGACAAUGAGGCCCCGACGGAAAUGGAUAGCUCGGCUAUGCUUCUUCUCGCGGAAGGUUUCGUUUUCUUGCUUAGCCUUUUGCGUAUCUUUGUAGUGUCCCUAGUUUUGGCGGUGAACAUCAUUGCCUUGCGUCGCUGUUCUUCUAGAAACUCAAAAUGCCACUGCCUCUACCUUUACGUUUCCGACUCAGUGAAAAUUUGUUCCGUGGUGUACAUCGCAAGUUGGAUUCCUUUUCUUCUUUACUCGAUGCUGAAUGGCCGGUGGUUGCUGAUUGACAAGCAAAUCUUUUGCUUGAUUCAAAACUACAUGACAAAUGCCGUGCUUUUAGUGCUACUGGCCAUGGCUGCAUUGGCUUCACUUAGCAAAACACAAGGGGCUAGGUCAAUCAGCCCCAAAUCAGCUGCGGGACUCACACUGGCGGCCUGGAUCUUACCGCAGUUCGCUUACUUUGUCAUUCUCACUUCCCUGGAUACUGCCACCGUACACAAAAACGAAGAUUUCUAUUUACUUGACGAUCUACUUGGAAUGAAUGACAAAUCUACCUUGACGACUGGCAUAAGAUACACAGUUGGCUUUACCAUUUGUGGACACAGUCUCUGUCGAAUGGCGAUGACGCAGUACGUUCUUCAAUACGUGAUAAUCAUCUUGCCCACUUGUGUUAUUAAUGGCAUCAUCUAUAUUCGCAACAAACACCGCCUGCCUCUUACGCAACCAAAUUACCGGUAUUCCGAACAACUUAUCCAGGACAAAGGAUCUGCAGCAAUAGGAUGCCCUAGUUGCAGUUGUGGUCGAGGUAUCACGAGCGCCUUGGAGAUCAUUCUGUUUGGUAUUGUCUUGUGGCUUCUGCUUAUUAGGCCGAUGAUUGUGUUCAUCUGGUCUCCCGAACAUCUUUUUGAUUUGGGUUCGCACAUACUGCUCAGCAUCACAGCCGUCUUCACGCCGAUUCUCCCGAAGCAAAAGUCAACUCGCCAUGUUAAAAUUUUUCGCAUCGAUCCCCUAACUGCCAUUAGUCGACCGAACAAUGAACACGACAAAAACGAAACAACAUAACCAUGCCAACAAAUUAACAUAGCAAGAGCGAGUAUAUAACUACCAAGUGAAAAUGUACAUGACCGGGCCUUUUUUUUAUAUAUAUUGAAUUGCUACCUUCCGUGCCUAUUUGGAAUGAUUACAAUUAUACGUCAACACGAAA